AUGGCUGGUUUACUGGUCGGGCACCCCCUGGACACUGUCAAGAUUUACCAACAAAUUGUGCUCCGCAACGACAAUUUCUCCAGCAUGGCGGUCGCCAUCGGCGUCUUCAAGAAGGACGGGAUUUCUGGCCUGUACCGAGGAAUGCUGUUCCCAUUGUUGACCUCGGGCUUGAUGAACUCGAUCUUCUUCGGCGUCUACGCGAGUAGCCUGAGGUUCCUGCAAAAGCUGCGAGGGAACGGCGACGUGCAGAUCUUCCCUACGAGCAAAGGCUACCACUGGGACACGUUGACCGCGGGUUGUCUGGGUGGACUCGUGCAGGUAUUCGCCUCGUGCCCCAGCGAGGUCGUCAAAAUAAGGAUGCAAGUGGGGAAAGGAUGGACUGGAAACCAGGAACUCUUGAGGUCCUCCUGGCAGGUGGCUGCGCAGGUGAGAAACGAAGUCUUAUAUUAUUUUCCAGUUUCGACGAAACGCUUCGGCGUCGUUCUUCGUACAGGAGCGAUUUCCUGGAUACCAGUGGUUCCGCUCGACAACAUAAAGUCGCGGCUGCAGGCGGACGACUUCAAAAAUCCGUCCUACAAAGGCAUGAUGGACUGUUACUGGAAAAUGUGCCGAGCCGGAGGGAUGACCUGCCUCUUCAGGGGCUCCUCCGUCAUCAUCGUGAGAUCCUUUCCCGUAAACGCGGCGACUUUCUACGGAUACGAGACCAUAACGUGGGGACUGGACCAUUUAUUCGCUCUGCCACUUUGAUGGCCUCUCCUCCAGGGCUACAUCAUAUUUUUUUUUUUCCAUAAAAUUUCCGUCGGACUACCCAACCUCCCCCAUUUUUAUCCCGACCACAUCCUUGGAUUCCACUGUUUAUUAGUUCUUUGUACAGGGAGCUCUGCGAACGGAGAAUUAAUCGUCACGAGUGAUACAACCUAAUGGUAAACAGUAAAAAUAUAUUAUAGUAGUGUAAAACAAUCUUCUCGGUUCGCUACUCGUGGCUGAUGUAUUUAUAUAUAUAAUAUGUAUAUAUACGUAAACGAGUGGCAUAUAUUGGGGAGUGUACGUGUGGGUGUGUGUACGCGGGCGACAGUCGUGAGUGAAAUUGGAUGCUCGCUCGAUAAAUACUCAUUUACACGGCAGAAAUUUCUCCUUUCUGACUCUUCGAGGAGUGGCACUAACAGAUCGGCGAUUCGCAUGCAAUUCGCCCUCUACGAUUUAACGACUCCGACGCAGCGCCUCCUUAGAAGCGACCGAAAAGCGUACAAACGAGGGGAGCACCACGAAAACGGGAAAGAAGUGAUUACAAAGCGAUCGACAUGUUUACGACGACGAUUACCGAGGGGAAACGAUCGUCCCCGACCCUCGCGAGGCGACCGUCACCUCGGCGUUAAUUAUCCUUAACAUCGUCUAUUUAUUCCGGCAUAAUUAUGCAAUGGUAAGAAAACCUUAAAAACGAUCCCACGUAACACUGUUUUACGGUGGUUGGUGGGAGCACAGCUCCGAAUAAAUCUUAUGCACUGUAUCUCUACUAUUUAUUUAUAUUUAUAAGCAACCAUGGAUAUUUUGGUACAAUUAAAGUUUCUUUAUUGUAUACUCGCCCCUCGCGUAUCUUUUAUUUCUCGGUAUUUUCUUUUUUCUCUCCUUUUAUUUAAAAAACAACAUAUAUUUCCUUACGUUCCCCUUUCUCUCUCUCCCUUUCUCUCCCGCUGGCUCGCGCUCUCUUUCUCACUCUCAAUGGUUUCUUUUUUUCUCUCUCGAUAUUUAUUAAUCGUUAAUGUUACUUUAUGCGGUGCUGGCAUAUCCCUACGGUUCGUCGCUCGUCCUUGAAAAAAGGUCGCUCCUCGAGAGCCCGGGCAUGCAGUCAGCGCAAUAUUAGUAUUCGGUAGCACAUGAGUCGGUGCACGGUUACGUGCGCUUCUCCUUUCUCUUUUCACAUUUUUAUUAUAUAUAUUUAUUUAUAUAUAUAUAUACCGCGAAUUCUCGUGUACAUGUUAACGUGUGUUCAGGGUGUCGCACGUGUGCGGGUGUUCCGUAUCCGUGUAUAUAUAUAUUUCUCUUUCUCUCUCUCUCGCUCGCUCGCUCUUUCUCUCUCUCUCUUUCUCUCAGUGUACGUGACUUCCGUCGUAUCAUCGGUAUUACUAUAUAUCUUUAUAAUAUACUGUAUUAUAUAUAUUUUAUAUAUAUAUAUAUAUACUUUACCUAAUUUAUUAUGUUUUGUUAUAGUUAUCGUUAUCAUCAAUACGAAUAUAUGAUACAUUUCAAACAACGCCCCUGCUGGUUGUCGGGGACGACGAUCAGAGCGAGGCGAGCUUCCGGGGGGUGGUCGCCCCGCUACUUCCGGUCCCCCCCGACAUUCGGCUCCCGGUGCAAGAAGAGGAAGAGACGACUCGAGGAGUGGGAGGGAGAAAGAAACCAGAGGAUACAAAUCCGAGAGAGGUUCUCGAUAGUCCUUCGAUCGUCUUCGCGCGUUCCCAACCCUUGAUCGUCCUCUCCCACGGGACACGGCGAACCUUAACACUUUACCGACCGGAGGCCUAUCAAUCGGUUUUGCGAUGCCCGCGAUCACCAUUUACUUCCAAAUUCCCCGGUCGGUAAAGGGUUAAUUAAGGUGAUGCGAAAGUGGCGUCAGAGUUCUCGUUCGUGAAACUUUUCUCCAAACCGGGUGUACCGAAUCGAUUCAAACCU